UGCCACCUGCACUUUCGACCAUCAAUUGCUUCGUUAAUAUUCCCUUAAAAAAGAAUUAUCAAUAGUAGUGCCUUUGGUACAAUCUCAGAAAGUCAACCAUCUUGUAGUCAUUAAGCUAAGCAAGCCCCCUUAAUUAUUUUAUUACACGUUCACCCCACCGGAACCAUAACGGCAGAACUUUGGUCCUCAUGAAGCCCAGAGAUUGUUAAACUAUGGUGAUGUCAAGAUUAUGCUUCUACUCUUCUUUCUUGCUUUUGUUACGGUUCGUUGCCGCUCAAAGCAGCAGCUAUGAACAAGGAACAGGGUUCAAUCCAACCACGGCUAUAGUCAUGAUCGUACUCGUCAGCGUUUUCUUCUCACUUGGAUGUGUCUCCGUCUACAUGAGAAGGUGUCUCGAGCAAGCCCUAGGGGUCGACGACGGAAGAUCCGGAGACCCGGGAAACUGGCUUAACGUUAGGCAGCAGACGCCGCGUGGACUCGACGCGUCUGUCAUAGAAACUUUUCCGACGUUUCGUUACUCCACCGUGAAGACGCUGAGAAUCGGCAAAGAAGAGUUGGAGUGUCCCGUUUGCCUCAACGAGUUCGAGGACGACGAAACGUUGCGUUUGCUUCCUCAAUGUUGCCACGUGUUCCAUCCUGGUUGCAUAGAUGCCUGGCUACGUUCUCACGCCACGUGUCCUCUCUGCCGCGCUAAUCUCGUUCCUGUACCGGGUGAGUCUGUUUCUUUCGAGAUCUCCGGUUUAGCUAGAGAAUCCGGUCAGAGCUGUCCUCUAACGUCGAUUGUUGAUGAUAACCGGAGAAUGGCUUUGGCUUCUCCGGACGAGCGGUUACUUGACUCAGUGGCUUGGAUAGGUAACCAAAGCAUGCCACGUAAGUCCAUGUCUACAGGGUGGAAACUAGCUGGAUUGUUUAGCCGGUCAAGUUCUUACAGUCAGACCGAGGAGAAUCUAGACCGGUUCACGCUAAGAUUACCGCAGGAGAUACAUGAUCAGCUCGUGAACCAAGGGUCAAAAGGCCACAUUGCGCUGCCCCAAGUGAGGAGCUCGAUACGAGGGUACAGAACCGGAAGCCUAGGCAAUGAAAGAAACUAUUUCUACUUUGAACGGUUCGAUCAAGACGGUCGGUUCGACCGAAGACCGUUUUCUAUAACUCCCCCGUACCGGACCGGCUUGAUCAGGUCUCCGAGUGGGGUUAUCAACGGGGGAGAUGGUUAUCAGGAACGUGCUGGUACACCCAAAAGUUUGCUUCUAGCAAUAAGGUCACCGUUUGAUCGGUUAUUCGCUGGAAAAAACAAUGUAGGUGAACGUUCUUACCUUAGAUCCGGUGAUGCGAGUCCUGUGUAGUCGGAUUUAAUAAAAUUUGGGUUCGGUAUAUAUUUUCUUCUAAUUUUUUUGUUAUACAAGAAAUUUAAUACCUCUUACUGCUGAAAUGAAAUAAAUGUUUUUGGUUUAUCCCAAGUUUUGUGACUGUCAAACCAUCAACAUAACAACAAAACCAUCUCACUAAGUUCUAUGUGAAAACUUCAAAGAGAUUCAUGAACAAAAACCACCAUAACGGAAAUAGAGAACGGAUAGGUAGAGGGCAGCAACAUGUAGAAAACAAAUCAGGUUUCUUUUUUGAAUGUGUUAAAUUUAUUCGAUUCAAAAACGUUUUUACAUUGAAUGCAGCUUUACUUCUACCAAAUAAUGGCUAAUAAACUGAAAUUACAAUUGAGAAAUUUGAUUAACUUGUGUGGUAAGCAA